CUGAAGACUUAGGCACCGACAUCCCUACAAGGCCAUGGAUGGAAAGAAAGAGCAAGAAGCAAACCACAGUGCCUUCGAGGCUUCCGUGGCGCGGGGAGCGGAAGAAGACCUUCCAGCGUAUUCCGCGCACCCGACCGCGGAAUCGCCCUUCGACUUCCCCGCCGCCUGCUCUGGCUCUCAGUCGCACGCUCCCCAACUUCGGCAACUCAUCGCGAUCCCCCAAAUCGCGUCCACGCCCACCGCUCCCUUCCUGGACGCCUACGCGCAACCCCUCCUGCAGUACGGAAUCACCCCAGAAUCCUGGCGCGCAUUCCUGACCACUAUAUCGGCCUUCCUGGCCGCUCGAGUCUCCAACCAAGCCUUGUCCCACGCCGCCGACAUCGGCCGGCAAGUCGGCACGGUCCCAAAGCGACUGGGCCAGGGCACGCUCGAUCACGCGCGAUCGAUCAAGACGAACAUCCGUGACGCCGCCCGGGACGGGAAAUACGUGAGUGCAGCGUUUGGGGUGGUUGGCGGGGCGAUCAGCCUGCCGGUCGGGACGGCGCUGCGGGCGGUGGGCGCCACGGUCAGUUUGCCCGGCACGGCGAUUCGCGCCGUCGCGCAGAAGCCGCAGACCCCGCGCGAGAGAGCCGCCGCGUACGCCGCCGCCGCUACCCUGAAGUGGUUCGGACAGCGCGGGCUGCAGGCGCAGUUGGUUGACGUUACUGCCCUUGCCAGCAUGGUGGGAUUGGGCGAGCCAGGCCAGUUGCUUCAACGGGUCGCGACGGCGGCAGAUGGCAGUGCCAGCGCGCAGAUGGCGACCUUGUCUGCGUUUCUCUCUCCGCUGGAGAUCUUCUCGGGGAGUACCCUGGACCUGGGGGUUGAUAACCUCUGGUUGAUCAUUACGCAGGCUGAGGGGGUCGAGGACGUCUCGGAGAAGUCCUAGAUACUCGGGGCAGAAACAGAUAUUCAACAAGGCGAGAAGGCUUCUUCUACUCUACCUUGCCACUGAGAGAAACCCUACAAGUCCGGCGUCAACUUUUGAUUGACACUUGAUAUAUAUAUAUAUAUAAGUAGAGUAGCAGCACUCGACUUGUCGACCUUUCUACUAUCUACUUACGAUCACGGAUUAGAAUUGCAUGUUAUUUUCUUUAUUGCAAA